AUGUAUUGGUCAACAAGUGAGCCUGCUAUUAGAAUGGAUCAAAUUGCAAAUGUUAUGGCAGUUAAUCGGUUUAGUCUAAUCAAACGUUAUUUGCAAUUUAAUAAUAAUUUGAGUGUUCCAAAUUUAAAUGACCGUUAUUGGAAAAUUCGUCCGGUAUUAGAUAUACUUCACAAAGCAUUUCAUGAUUGUGCUUCACCCUCUGAACAUGUUUCAAUCGAUGAAAUGAUGAUACCGUUUAAAGGUAAAAGUCAUCUGAAACAAUAUAUCCAAUCAAAACCCAAAAAGUGGGGGUUCAAAAUAUGGGUGCAAGCUAAUAGCAACGGAUAUGUAAAUUGUUUCGAACCAUAUCAGGCAUCAACAGUUAAUCGAACCAAAUAUGGUCCAAUAGGUGAUUCCGAUUUAAAUUUAUGUCAUGCGCUCCAUGGUAAGAAUCAUAAGUUAUUCAUGGAUAAUCUUUUCACCUCGUUGGCUGUAAUUAGACAGUUACGUUCUUUUGAUAUUUGGGUAAUAGGAACUAUGAGAAUAAACAGAGUUCUGCAAAUACAAAGUUCUCUAGUACCAGGUAAACAACUUCAACGAGGUUCAUGUAUUAUCGCUACGUCAAAAGACAACAUUACAGUUGUGCGUUGGAUGGAUAAGAGGGAAGUUCAUAUGAUUUCUUCAUAUGCCGGUGCUGAACUAAUUUAUGAAAUAGUACGUUACGAUAAAAAAGAAAAAAACUAG